AUGAAGCGAUACUACGACAAACAAUGGGACCAAAUGUUCGAGCGCCUGCUCGCAUUUCGCGACGAGAAUGGCCAUUGCAUGGUGCCCAAACGAUUCCCUCCAGACAUGAAACUCGGUACUUGGGUACACACUCAACGGAUUCAAUAUCGCAAGCUUCCAGUUAUAGGAAGACUAACAGACGAUCGCAUACAUCGUUUGGAGGAAUUAGGAUUUAUCUGGUCUUUGCGUGACGAUUGGCAGAAGCACUACGAAGAACUCAAAGAGUACAAAAAGUCGAAUGGACAUUGUAACGUCCCAGCUCGAUACGUGCCGAAUCGGCGUCUCGGAAUUUGGGUAAGUGCACAACGACAACAGUACAAGAUUGUCCAAACUCCGCCGGAGCUGCGCCCUCGCCGGUCAGCACCUCUGACAGACGAUCGUAUUGAGUUGUUGAACGAGUUGGGGUUCACGUGGACGAUUCGUUCUCGUGACAGUCUCGGCGAAUCGUGGACCCAACGCUUGCAGGACUUGCGAGAGUUCAGAGCCAUCCACGGCCACUGCUUGGUUCCCUCCCGCUACCCACCUAAUCCAGAAUUGGGGAUUUGGGUGGGAACACAGCGC